AACAGGGUACUGGAGCUUGGUCAAAUCAUAUGACCUAUUACCCUUCUUGAAAUCGGAUGAGCAUUCUUGCCCUAAUUUCUUUUUCAUCUCCCUUAUUCUUGUCUCUCAUCGCCGCUAUUCUCUGUGUGUUCUUGCCUUAGCUUUUACAAUCGUCUUUUCCAUCAACGUCUCUGCCAUGCUAACUUUUCUUUCCGACAUAACUGAAACCACAGCCAUCUAAUCCUCAGCAUCUAUUCUUGAUUUGACACAUCUAUUAUACCUUCAUCCGUCCAACACUCAGGCCACCACUCUCGUCCCUCAACCACUUACCGAAAGCGCAAAUUAUGUUAUUUAAAGUUGCUCAAUGUAGAUGGCUUUAUGCGCGAAGGAAAAAAUCGGUAUGAUUAAUGGUUCUUGCAAGAGAGAUCUCCAAAAAGAGAAUCUUCGGGAUCAAUGGUAUCGCUGCGAUGCUGCUGUGCUCUCUUGGUUAGUCAAUUCUCUCUCCAAGGAAAUCAUAGUGAGUAUCACGUUCUUUGAUAGUGCUUGUCUCUUUUGGGAGGAUUUGUGAGAGCAUUUUAAUCAGACUGACGGAACAAAGGUAUGUAGCCUUUAUCGUCUUAUAAAUUCUCAUAAUCAAGGAAAUCUAUCUGUAUUGAGUUAUUUCAUAAGGCUUAAGGAGCUAUGGGAGGAAUAUGCGACAAUCUUUCCCAUACCUACUUGCAAGUGUAAUUCCAUUCUAGAGCAUACGAAGAACAUUUAAUGACAAAAGCUCUUCCAAUUCUUAAUGGGGCUCAAUGACUCGUAUCAAUCCGUCAAAAGUCAAAUUCUUCUUAUAGAUCCAUUGCCAUCCGUGAAUGAGGCAUAUUCAAUUAUAUCUCAAGAGAAGGCGCAAAAAUUAUUUCUACAUCCUCUUUUAUUUAACGUGAAGGAUCCGUGAUAGCUACGAGAGGCCGUGGUAGAUUUGGUAGAGGGAAAGCUAGAGGCACCUCAACUGAUGAGCGUUCUUAUUGCUGCAAAAGAGGCCACAUAAGAGACAAUAGCUUUCAUCUUGUUAGAUUCCCUCCAAAUUUUCAAGGAGGAAGAGGACGCAGCAAUCAAUUCAAACAAGCAAAUAGUGCCGAAAGUAAUGCCACUGUCAACUCAUCUAAGUAAUGUGACUCCCUAACUGAACACUAAUUACUCUCACCAAAGGAAUAUGAAAGAAUCAUUGAGAAUUUAAAGAAGGAGAUUAAAGCACUGUCAACACUCAACAAUGUCAAGUAGCAAGGCAUCAGUGGGAACAAUUACGUCCACAGAUCAAGGGGAACCUUCAGGGACUUACAAUGGCAGAAUGAUUAUGAUUGGUAGAAUAAGCUCAUGACUAAACGUUGUAGAUGAGAGUUCAUGCUUUCACUAAAAAUGUCACUUCUAAUAGUAACACUUGGCACUUGAGAUUGGGACACCCCUCAGGCUCCACACGCAAACAUGUCUCUUCAUUAUAGAACAAUUUAUCUUCCUUUAAUUCAUCCAAUUGUAAUAUUUGUUUUAAGGCAAAACAAGCUCGACUGUCUUUUGCUACUAGUGAAAGAAAAACUAAAUCCUAUUUUGAUCUGUUACAUGUUGAUGUUUGGGGACCAUGUAAAGAACCAACUCAUCAAGGAUACAAAUUAUUUUUAUCAAUAAGAGAUGAGUUUUCUUGUGUUACUUGGGUCUAUUUGUUACAUAACAAAGAAAAGGCAUCCUAUCAAUCGAAAAAACUUCUUUAAAUUGGUAAGAAAUCAGUUUGAAGCUAAAAUUAAAAGAAUUUGAUGUGAUAAUGGCUCAGAAUUCCUUAAUCAUGUUCACCUAUUUUCUAGAAAAUAGCAUUUUACAUGAGACUACUUGUGUUUGUACUUCCCAACAAAAUGAGGUUGUUGAAAGAAAACAUAGACACAUUUUAGAAAUUUCUAGAAAUCUAAUUUUUCAAGCCCAUGUUCCUAUAAAAUUAUGGGGAGAAGCUAUCAGAAUUGCAGUCUGCUUAGUUAAUAGACUUCCUUCUAGAAUCUUGGAUUUUAAGACUCUUUAUGAAACAUUAUUCAAAAAGAAACCUGAUCUAUCCAACUUUAAAGUGUUUGGUUGUCUUGCCUAUGCUAAGAAUCCAGGAAGACUAGAUAAAUUAUAAACUAGAUCAGAUGCUUAUGUUUUCUUGGGCUACCUUAACAAUUAGAAAGGAUAUAUAUUAUAUGAUAUGAAAAAUGAUAAUAUUUUUUAACCCAAGAUGUUAUUUUUCUAGAAAAUAAAUUUCCUUUUUCAAUUACAAAGACAUUUGAUCAGAAUCCAAAAAUGGUAAGUCUCCAAGAUCCUUUCCUUUACGGCUAUAGUAUGCAUGAUUAGCAUUAUUACAUUGGGACACAUGUUGAUCCUAUUAUUAGAAACCUAGAAAAUAACAUUUUUUUUAUCUUUCUAGUUUGUGUGAUAACCCUGAUGUUUCUAGGCAUAAUAAUGAUAAUCCUAUGGUUAGAGACAAUAGCAUUUUGCUCAAAAAUGAGGAUAACAAUGGGCUUGUUAGAGAUAAAAGAUCUCUUGUUUGGCUUCGUGAUUAUGACUGUUCUAGUCUUGAGUUGGCAAAUAAGGUUGAUAGUAAAGGAAAUAAAAAGAUUCUUUAUCUUAUGCAACACAGUAUCAGUUAUGCUAACAUAUCCCCAUCAUAUAAGAAAUUCAUAGCAUGUACUAAUGAUAUUAUUGAGCCAGACACCUUUGCAGAAGCCAUAAAAGAUUAUAGAUGGGUUCAAGCAAUGAAAAAUGAAAUUACUGCACUAGAAAGAAAUAGGACUUGGGAAAUAGUAUAAUUGCCCCCUGGAAAAAGGGCAAUAGGCUAUAAGUGAAUUUUUUAGAAGUUUAAUGCUGAUGUCAGCUUAAACAAAUUAAAAGCAAGGCUAGUUGCAAAAUAUUAUUGUCAAAUAGAAUGGAUUGAUUAUUCUAAAACUUUUUCACCUGUUGUUAAAAAUGAAUAAUGUGCGUUCUACGUUGGCUAUCACUGUUAGAAAUAAUUGGGAUUUAUUUCAAAUAGAUGUCGACAAUGCUUUCUUGAUCCCUCUGGGAUUUAGCAAGCAAGGAGAAAAAGAAGGUUGCAAACUAAUUAAGUCUCUUUAUGGGUUGAAGCAGGCUGUACAACUGUGGAAUACAAAGCUUUGUGAGGCCUUGCUUAUUGGAAGUUUUGUACAAAGUAAAUUUGAUUAUUCCUUAUUCACUUAAAGACGUGAAAAUGAGUUCAUUAUCAUAUUAGCAUGUGUAGAUGAUCUUGUCAUUAUUGGAAAUAGUAAGAAGGAAAUAGAAGAAAUAAAAAGAUAUAUGCACAAUAAUUUCAAAAUGAAAGAUUUAGGUUUGCUGCAAUAUUUUCUUGGAAUAGAAAUUGCCAAGUCUGACAAAGGAUUGAUUCUUAAUCAGCGAAAAUAUAUUUUAGAUUUAAUUGCCACUACAGGUAUUAGUGCUUGUAAACCCAAGGAAUAUGCCAAUGAACCCAGGUUUAAAGCUUUACAGUGUUGUUAGAAAGGGGAAAAAAGAUCAUUUAUUAGCUGAUUCAUCUAGAUACAGGCGCUUAAUAAGAAAGUAAUUGUAUUUAGCUACUACUAGGCUUGAUAUUAGCUAUUAUGUUCAUUUAUUGAGUCAAUUUAUGCAAAAUCCAAGAAAGUCUCAAUCUCAAGGCUGAUUUAAAUACUGUGAAAUAUUUGAAAAAAGGAUCCAGGAAGAGGCAUACAUUUCCUUAUUCAGGUAAAAUGAAAUUAGAAGGGUACUGUGAUUAUGACUAGGCUUCUUGUCCUAAGUCCCGUAGAUUAGUCACAAGAUAUAUGAUCAAGUUAGUAGGAGCCCUUAUUGCAUGGAAAUCUAAGAGAUAAAUUAGUAUUUCACAAUCCUCUUUUAAGGUAGAAUAUAGGACCCUAGGAAGUAUUGUUUCUGAAAUUACUUGGUUAAAAGGUUUAUUGAAAGAAUUAAAUAUUACUAAUUUAGCUCCUGUUUUUGUGUACUUUGACAUUAAGGAAGCAAUUUAGAUAGCUUCAAAUCCGGUCUACCAUAAAAAAACAAAACACAUAAAGAUUGAUUAUCAUUCUGUGAGAGAAAGGUUAUAGGAAGGCUUGAUUACUUUAAAGCAUGUGACGUCUGGAGAAUAGCUGGCAGAUAUGUUGACAAAGGCCUUUCGGAAAAAGAGUUAUGAUAAUUUGUUAUCCAAAUUGGGUACCCUAACUAUUUUUGGAUCUAACUUGAGAGGGAGUGAUAAGAAAUAAUCCUUCUUUGUGGGCUUUUCAUGGGCCUGGAUGUGUUUUGUAUUGUUUAGUUAGUUUAGGCUUAAUUCAUUCUUGUAUUUCUUGAUUCUGUUGUUGGUUUAUAUAAGUCUCUUAUAGCCCAGACUUAUUUGGUGAGUCAGACAGUGAGAUAAUUGCCCAAGCUAUGUACUCAGAUAGCCUAAUGGCUUAUUAAAUAAAAUUAUAUUGUUCAGAUUGAUUCGGGUUUUUUCAACGGUAAUGAUGUGAAAUGUAUAUUCACAGGGGCAGAGAUCCGAAUGACUAUUACCCUCGUUUUGGUAAUAAUAUGUAACAAUGAUUAACAUGGGCCCACAUUAAAAGCAAAUCAAACACGAAACCGGCUGGAAGGGAAGCUUUCUUCUUCGGCUUCUAUAAAGAUUUUCUAAAAACUGAAAGGACGAUGAGGCACAUGAAACAAGGUGAGAGUCCCUUUGGACGGUCAAGUAUUUGAGCUACUAGAUUCCAGUUUGAAUGAAAGGGCACAAUCAUAAAAUGAUAAAAUAUAGAUAUUAUUCAAUUGGUGCCGCAAUAAUUUCCCAUCACAGUCGUCUUUUCUUCCCCUACUUUCACAUGCUUGAUUUCGAAGUAGCUAGACACUCCACUUGCUGCGAUUUUUUCCCGAACAAACCUGAAGGCUUCACUAGAAAAUUUCAAUUAUUUUCAUCGGUUUGGCUAAAUAAUGGCAAAGUGUAAACCGAUCGGCAUUCUCCUUGUUCAAAUUCUCUCGACAUGAGUGUAGCCUCUCACUCUCCUUUGUUUCCUCGCUUGGUAUGGGCCAAAAGGAAGAGAAUUGAGUAAAACUAAAGAAGAAAAGAGCUUCCUUGAUCAGACUGAAAGAGAGGUCAAAGUUUCGAUUCUUGAUGGAGCUGUGAACGACAGUCAUUGUCUACGUGGCAAAAAGUUCCAAGGUGCAUGCUUAGUCAGACUUUAUUCAGCAUCACAUCAUCCUGUGUCACCCCUACGUUUAUGGUGUUUUGAUCAUUACUAACAGAAUAUAACAUGAGGGACUAACCCUUUCAACGGAAAUAAUUAUAAGGAUCCAAUAAGAAGGGAGGAAAUUAUAAAGAUCUGAUUCAAAAUUGGGUAAAAUUAUAAAGAUUAAAAGGUUAAUUUUUCUUAUUUAAUUACAUGCACACCAAUCGGUCAAUCCCUGCUUGCCUAAUGCUAAGUAGGCGUCGGCAUAGUCAAAUACAAGACUCGGCCUGCGUCUGUCCUCUCGACGUCUGUGUCGCGGUUGUGCUGAGGUGGUUGUCCUUGAUAAAGCCGGGAACAAAGAGAUUCUUAUGGUGCCAGGGCUAUACAUUCGCUCUGAUUCUAGCAUUCCUAUAUUCUGAACUUGUGCAUAGAAACAUGUCCCUCGAUCUGUUUUAUGUCAGGAGCUACUAGUGUCUAGAAUGGAAGCCACCAUUUAAAUCUUACAUGUAGCAUGACAAGUUCAGAGAUGCCAUGCUCUAUGGAUGGCAUGGAGAUGCCCUUGAGAUGGUGAAGACGGACAAGGGAAAAUUGGAUAAUGUGGCGUGAUCUGGGUGGUCCCUUCUGCCAAGGGUCAGAAUUUCCCCACUUUAUCCUGCUUCAGCAUUCUCCGGAAUCCUCUUCCUAAUCGCUGUUUGCUAAGGUUGUUGCUCGCUCUGUCGUGGCAUUCAUGUUCAUUUUCUUUUGAGUCUCGACACCGAAAUUCCUUCAUCCAUUUGCUCAGAGGAACGCCGGAAAAGCGAUUGCACGCAUAACACUCGCUCAAAUUUUACUGUUUAUGGGUUUAGAAAAGGGGCGAAGGUACCAUAAGAAUUUGUGUGGCCAAUGCACUUCAUAAUGGGUAACUCUCGAUGAUAUCGGAUCAGAAUUGUUUGAAGCAGUUGAGAAAUUUCCCAUAUAAAUUCAAGAUCUCGCCCUGGGUAUGGGAGAUCACAGAAUUCAGUUACAUUACUUUAUGGCAAUAUUCCGUCGCCUUUCGGCCCUGCUUGCAAUCACUUUGAUGCAAUCUGCCGCAACUCCGCCCGUCCUUGACGUUUCUUAUCUUAAUCGCACCAGUUUCCCCGUAGGCUUCAUUUUCGGGACCGCAUCUUCCGCCUACCAGUACGAAGGUGCGGCAAAUGAAGAUGGUAAAGGACCUAGUAUCUGGGAUACCUUCACCCAUAAAUUCCCAGGAAAAAUAAGAGGAGGAAGCAAUGGGGACGUAGCUGAUGACUCAUACCAUCGGUAUAAGGAAGAUGUCAGGAUCAUGAAAGAUAUGAAUAUGGAUGCUUACAGAUUCUCUAUCUCUUGGUCAAGAAUACUGCCAAAAGGAAAGGUUGGUGGAGGUAUUAAUCAAGAAGGAAUUAAGUUUUAUGACAACCUCAUCAACGAGCUAUUGGCUAAUGGUCUGAAACCAUUUAUAACCAUUUUCCAUUGGGAUGUUCCCCAAGCUUUAGAAGAUGAGUAUGGUGGCUUCUUAAGUCCUCACAUUGUAGAUGAUUUUAGGGACUAUGCCGAGCUCUGCUUUAAGGAAUUUGGUGAUAGGGUUAAGAACUGGAUUACAUUGAAUGAACCAAGGAGCGUCAGCAAGAAUGGCUAUUCAAAUGGCAGGUUUGCACCAGGUCGGUGUUCUGCUUGGUUGAAGAUGAAUUGCACUGGCGGUGAUUCUGGGACAGAGCCCUAUUUGGUUUCCCACCAUCAACUUCUUGCUCAUGCAGCUGCUGUUCAAGCGUAUAAGAUCAAGUAUCAGGCUUCUCAAAAGGGUGUGAUAGGCAUAACCCUAAACUCUGACUGGUUAGUACCAUUCUCCAAUAGCAAAUCAGACUGUGAUGCUGCUGACCGAGCUAUUGACUUCAUGUUUGGAUGGUAUAUGGAACCACUCACAAAAGGUGAAUACCCGAGAAGCAUGCAAUCUCUAGUAGGAAACCGAUUGCCAAAGUUCUCCAAAGAACAAUCCAGGCUACUUAAAGGGUCAUUUGACUUCCUUGGCUUAAACUACUACUCUUCCUUUUAUGCUGCUGAUGCGCCUCACCUACAUAAGCCCAGCAGACCAAGCCUACAGACUGAUUCUUUGGUUAAUGUUACAAAUAGUCGUGAUGGGAAGCCCCUUGGACCAAUGGGUGCGUCAGACUGGUUAUGUAUUUAUCCUAGAGGAUUGCAAAAACUGCUGCUCUAUAUCAAGAGAAAGUACAACAACCCCGUAAUUUACAUUACCGAAAACGGAUAUGAUGAAUAUAAUGAUCCAACACUAUCACUUGAGGAAGCCCUUAAGGAUAUUUACAGAAUUGAUUAUUAUUACCGUCAUCUCUACCAUCUUCAAACUGCUAUUAGGGACGGUGUGAAUGUAAAGGGGUAUUUCGCGUGGUCAUUGUUGGAUAACAUGGAAUGGGAUUCAGGAUACACUGUGCGAUUUGGGAUCAACUUCGUUGAUUUCAAGGAUGACUGGAAAAGAUACCCUAAAUUGUCUGCUUACUGGUUCAAGAAUUUCCUCAAGAAAUACUAAUUAGAUUAAGGAAAAAUACAACCACUGAUCCCUAUUGUUUUUCAGCAUUUUCAAUCUCUAUAAUUUCAGUAAGAUUAGAUGACAUUUACUGCUUAGGUCCUUAUGGUUUUAGUGUUAUACUGAAAGCAUUGGAAAAAAAAAAUUACAGGGAUUAAGAUCAAAAUUUGACAAAACUAUAUGGACUAAUAAUUGUAUUUUUCCUAGAUUUAAUUGCAAUUUCUCCUUAUGAACAAAGAAAUGAUGAAUACUCUUUAUUGUAUUAUCAUAUAA